UUUUUUCACCAGCCUCAAAUUUGCAUCUUUUUUUGCAAAAACUGUCAAAGCAAGUUCAUUCUGCACUCGUACAAUAUUUUUUCCAAUUUAUUUUAUUACACAAAUUUUUACCCAGAUAUUCGUUUUAAAGGUGAGACAAUACCUUAACAAUGACAGACUUAAAAGUCGAUGAAGAAGAAUCAUCUUCCAUUUCGGAAGAACAAUCAGAAAAUAAUAAUUCAAGUUUAAACUUAACUGAUUCUGAAAGAGAGAAUUUAGAAUGUAAAAUCUGUCAUCAACCAUUUGAGACACUUCAGGAUGUCCUCAAACAUGAAUUGCUUAAUCAUUCAGCGACAAAGAAUGCUAAAAAACAACCAGUUAAUCAGUUAAAGAGAAGAGUUAAUGCGGUAUUGAAGACAAUUAAUGCAGAAGAUGAGAAGAAAUUUAGACAGAAUUUGGCUGAAGCUAUAUCGGAUUGUGCAAAUGGCAAAGAAUUGAGUGUUAUAUUUAAAAAGUACUUGAUUGAUGAUGAUCAUCUUAAUUGUAUUUAUUCGAGGAUACAUAAUUGCUUGCAAAAAGAAUUGGAUAGAAUUGGACCGUAUAAAAUUGAACCAUAUGGAUCGGUGGCUAAUGGAUUGGCUUUGAAAUCAAGUGAUAUCGAUUUGCACAUUUCUUCUACAACUUCAAAAGCUGAUCCCAGCAUCAUUUACAAAAACAUCACAAGAAUGCUCUAUCGCAGCAAACAAUUUUCAGACAUUGUACCCAUUCGAAAAGCACGCGUUCCAAUUAUAAAAUGUGUCCACAUUGCCACCGGAUUCAAUUUGGACAUUAACACCUCUGAACCCUAUGGCAUACACAAUAGUGAAUUCAUUAACAUUCUCAACCAAGCCGACAACAGAAUCUAUGAACUGAUGCUUUUUCUAAAAAUAUGGUUCAAAAAUAUGCACAUUUAUGGAGCAUUCAACAUGACAAAUUACUGUCUCGUCACUUUGAUAAUUUUCUAUCUGCAAAAUAGUAAUCCACCAGUUCUGGCAUCUGUGAAGAUUAUCCAACGCAAUUCAAAUAAAAGAUUCAUAAAUGGUAUCAACUUUGGACUUAACUUACGAGGCAUUACAAUGGAUUCUAGUCAAAAUAUUCAUCAACUUAUAAAAGGAUUCUUUGAAUUCUAUAGUUCGUUUGAUUUUGAAAAAGUUAUCAUAGCUCCAUAUCUGGGAAAAGUGAUAAGGAAAAUUGACUUCCAAAAUAAAAUGUUCAAAUAUCCCGAAUAUGACCAUCAGUUACUAAUGUUAGGUGAAAUGACGGGCGAACCAGCAGAAGAGCUCAAAACAGAUUGUUCAGUAUGUGUCCAGGAUAUGUUCUGCCUCAACAUAAACAUCGCCAAAGGUCUUUCCGCAACAAAUGUACAAUAUUUAAAAAAAUGCAUUACAAUGGCUCACAAAAAGUGCUGCGAGCCAAAAAUAUCAAACAAAACUCUAUACAAAUCAUUGUUGGUUGAUAUAAUCGAUGAACUUGGUCAGAUGUUCCCUACCGCCGAAACAAUACCCCUGACUGGUGUUGGAGAUUCAUCAUUGACCUUUGACAUAAUUCCACGAAAAAAUGAAAUCAAAUCUCUCGCCAAAUUUGCCGAUGAACCGAUGAAUUUGAAUAAAUUAUGGGCCAAAGAAUAUAUUUCUGCAAUUGAAUUAAUUAUCACAGAAAUUUACAAAGUUGAUAUUACUCUCUUGUCGCCGACAGAGAAUAGUAAAUUUAAGAAAAUCGAUGAAUCUGAAGAACUACCGUUGCCAUGCAAAUGGUCGAUAAGCUCAUCGGUGGAUUUGUGGACGGGACGGCAAAUGCCUAAAAGUAAUGUCUCCUUUAUGGAAUAUCAACUUGCACAAACAAAAAAACUUCAUGCUGAACGAAGACAGAAAUCAAGUUUUGCUGUACAAUUCAAAGGAUUCAUUACGGUAACUAUAUCGAAGAAUUUCAGCUCGUUGCAUAUUGAAGCGAGUAGCAAUGAGCAAUUGAAUAAGAAGAAUCCACUACGUAAGUUUUUCGGAGCAUUAAAGUGUUCUAUGCAGAAUUACAAUUUGAAACAUAGAAUACACCAACUGGAAUGUGAUUUUCAGACAAAGGCUAAAGCAGCUGUGUGAUAAGUUCGAGGAUUUUUAAUUUAAGACUUGUUAAAUGUACAUUUUUUUUAACAUUUAAUAAUAUAUAACGGUAUAUAUUGAGAUAAAAUAGAGAAUCUAUGACAAUGGGAAGCAUUUCUCAAGGUAGAUUUUUUUUUAAAUUAUGUUUUUUAAUGACUAAAUGAAUAGUAAUGUACAUAAUAUAUACAUUGUAUUAAGCCAUAUUUUGAACUCUUUUUAAAAAUAUGGCAUGUGACAAAAUCUAAUUCGAUUGGAAUGAUUGUAAGGAAAAUUUUGCAAUAAAUCUGCACUUGUCGAAUUUAAAACAAA